AUGUCAUCCUUGGCGGCCGCGGCACCCGACCUGCAGGUGGACGAGGCCGUAAGGAGGAGAUGGUGGCCAUGGCCGUGGCCGUGCAGGUGCUCCUCCAACAGUACUAGGAGGAAGGCCCUGCUGGCCAUCUGUGUCGGGGCGACCGUCAUCGUCGUGCUAUUCGCUGGCGGGAGCUCACCCGAUGGGAUGCUGCACUCCUUGCUCUUCCACCACUUACAAGGUUUUGAAGACAAACCUCCAUUUAACCUCACCGCCGACCAUCUCCUCGACGGCCUUCUCACGGCUGAGUUCGGCUACCGGUCGUGCCGGAGCCGAUAUGAGUUCGCCGGUUACCACAAGAAAUCAUCGCAUCAGCCAUCACCCUACCUCCUCGCCAAGCUGCGGAAGCAAGAAGCGCUCCAAAAGGGAUGCGGCCCCGGCACGGCCGCGUACAAGAAGGCACUCCGGCGGCUUAAAUCCAACGCUGCCGACGUCGAGGACGACGAAGACUGCCGGUACCUCGUGAACAUCAGCUUCCGAUUCCGAGGCCUCGGCAACCGGGUGCUCGCCGUCGCGUCGGCCUUCCUCUACGCGGUGCUUACAGAGCGCGUCCUCCUCGUCAACGGAGGCAAGGAUGAUGUGGCCGAUCUCUUCUGCGAGCCCUUCCCAGGCGCGACGUGGCUGCUGCCGCGCGCCGGUCGCCGCUCCCCGCUCAGGAAGCUCGAUGAUUACCACGGGGGGCCGCCGCCAUAUGUGUACCUCCACCUCGCUGGCGAGUACGGCUUCCACGACAAGCUCUUCUACUGCGGGGAGCACCAGCGGCUCCUCCGCGGAGUGCCGUGGCUGCUCAUGAGGGCGGACGGCUACUUCGUGCCGGGCUGUUCUUCACGCCGCCGUUCGUCGGAGAGCUCGAGGCCAUGUUCCCGGAGAAAGACGCCGCGUUCUACCACCUGGGUCGGUACCUUUUCCACCCCAGCAACGCCGUCUUGGCGCGCUGUCACGAGCUACUACAGCGCCAACCUCGCAGGCGCCGGCCGCCUCGUCGGCAUCCAGAUCAGGGUGUUCCAGGAGAAGCAGCCGCCGCAGCAAAUCCUGGACCAGCUCCUGUCCUGCGUCCGCGACGAGAAGCUGCUCCCGGAGACGACCACAAAAUACAACGGCACGUCGUCGUCCUACGGUGUCCUUGUGACGUCGCUGAGCUCGUGGUACUACGAGAGGCUCAAGGGCGAGUACGGCGGCAGACUCACCGGCGGCGUACACCAGCCGAGCCACGAGGGGCGGCAGCGGUUGCGCAACGAAGCGCACGACGUGAAGGCGCUGAGCGAGAUGUACCUGCUCAGCAUCAUGUGCGACGUGCUCGUCACCAGUGGCUUCUCCACGUUCGGGUACGUCGCACAGGGCCUCGGCGGGCUGCAGCCGUGGGUCAUGUCGAGGCCGUCCCCGUGGGAGGAGUGGACGGAGGGUCAGGCGGCGCCACAACCUCCAUGCCGGCGCGCGCUCUCCGUCGAGCCGUGCUUCCACUCGCCGUCGUCCUAUGACUGCACGGUGAGGAGGGACGUGGAGCUGGACAAGGUGACGUCCUACAUCUGGCGCUGCGUGGACGUCAGCUGGGGCAUAAAGCUUGUGAAUCAAUGCCGUGACAGUCAGUGGUAG